ACACACCUUGGCGAGUGUGACACACACAUGGUGUGUUGGGUGUGGCGGUAAAUAAUAGACGACGACAAAAGCUUCUAAGCCAAUAUAGUAGAAGGGUGUGUAUUGUUAUCUUCUUCGCUUAAUCAAUCGCAUGAAGAAUACAUUAUCAAAAACCGUCUUCCUAAAGUGGUACAUGUGUUUACAAGAGAAGGUCUGCUGUAGAUGCGUGAAAACAUUUGGCAGGAUACUACCACAUACAACUGUUGCGUGCCACCAACUGUUGAUGUAGAUAUUAAAUGGGUGAAUACUAAACGGUGAAAGGACUUAAAUUCCCAACUGCAGUGAUCGAUUUGGAUUCAACACACAACACUACUCCUCACCAGUUUUGCAUGCACUACUACGUGUGAUCUCUCACCAAUCGUUACCUAGCAACAGAACGCUCCCAUCAUCCAUAGACACAAUGAGGGGUCGUCAUAGCAACCAGACUACGAAUAACUGGCUUAUCCCCUGUUUCUUUCUAUUCGAUUGUAUUCUACUGGCAGCCCUAGUGGUAUUAUGGUAUUUCAUGCAAUGGCAGACGGCGACAUUCACAUUACACGAUGCCACGAUACCGUGUAUCGAUAUCGCCUACUACAGCUAUCCCGAGAAGGUCGAUAUCAUACCCGAAACUAUCGUUUUUGUCCUCGUAUUCGUUCUCCCGCCAAUUGUGGUGUUAUUCGGUGAGGCAGCGGUGGGUUUAUACAACCUUCAAGGCGGUAAGAAGCAACUCUUCAUGGAAAAAUCGGUCUCGACUUUUGGCAUGAAGCUCCACGCUCUCCUUAGGAGAACUGUCCGUUUUACAGGUAUCUUCUUGCUUGGUGCGUUCAUCACCUGGAUUCUUACUCGUGCGGGUCAGCUCAUCCUGAGCCACCCUGCUCCGGAUUUCUUCACCCGAUCAAGCUGCACACCGUGUUCGGACCCCACGGCUCUGACAUUCACACUCAGUGAAUGCCCCGCACCAGUGGAUGCCUUCAGGCAAUCUUUCCCGUCCCUCUAUGCUUCACUCAGCACCUAUGCCUCAAUCUAUGUUGCUGUAUACGUCACAAAUUUGAUGAAGCUGAACUCGGCCCACACCCUUCGCCCUUUCGCUGGUCUCUGUUUCAUCGCCGUACCGUACUUACUGGGAAUGCAGCAGAUCGCAGCGCACAGAGCACAUUGGAGUGACGUCAUUGGAGGAUGGAUCCUAGGGGCCGUCGUGGCUUUCUAUCUGAUCUACGGAGUCCUCGAUGCCUUCCUCGGCCCUCUCAUGUCCACCACGAGCCCGGGGUUGGACAGUGACGUCGACGCUAACGAGGAUUACGUCAUCGAACACGACCACGCCCUUCGAAACGGCACCACCCUUGACAAGCCUAUGCAGAUGAACGGCCUGCGACACAGCCAGCGGGAACGUGACGGGUACAUGGAUCGAGGAAUGGAGCAUCUACAGUAACCGGGGCAACGGGGAGGACUUCUUCUAACCAAUCACAAUCCUCCUACCACAUACCCCGACCGCUCACGAAAAAGGGCGUCUACUCGUACCUCUACGACGGUCGUAGGGGGCGUCCCGUUUUCAAACCCUUACGGACGCCACCGUCGCCGCCGCCCGUAAUUCCACGAACCCGAAACGCCCACCCUGAUCGGCCCAUACAAGUCGUCAAUACUGUGAACAGGACUGCUAAUUCGGAAUACUUCUGAAACAUAUCGUCAUAAUAAAGACUUUUCGACAUCUUUAACGGAAAUAUACCUCACUGGAAAAUACAUAAUUAUUUCACUGAGAGACCUGCAGACCUGGGCCUGCAGAAUGAUUGUUAAACUUCUGCACAAUAUCUGCGACUUUUAAGCCACUUUUCUAUUUGGAAAUUUAAGCAAAAUACACUUCUGUGGAAUGUGGGCGAUCGGCUUUUUUAUGCAGUGUUACUGUGUGAGCUUUCAUCGUCAUCUUGUCACCUUUUUAUAUAUCAAUUUAUUUUCCAUGUUAUCAAUACUAAUACUUUUCAUUCGCCGUGGGAUUCAAUAUUAUUGUGCUAUAGGCCCUAUAAGUGGGUGAACGUGAACUGUUUAUCAUUUUCGGUCUUUAUUAUAUAUUACUCUUUAAAUGUAUUUUAUAUUAAAAAGAUUUAAUGAUGGUAAGUGCCAACUUAUAGUUUCCUAUAUUAGCCUAUGAUAUAAUCUGCCAAUAAUCUAUAAGUAAGAUGAAAUAUUUGGAUUUUAUAAAAUGAGAUCAGUUUAUUUUACUAUUGAAGACAUUUGCAAACAGACUCUCCAAAAUUAUAAUGAGUCUAUAUUGUAAUUGAACGGAUUAAUUUAUGUGCAUCCUUGGGGACCUUAUACUAGUAUUUCAUAAUGCAAAAAAAAAAAAAAAACAUUAACGGGAAUAGAUAUUUGUCCGUAUGCUUAAACAUAUACAUUCUCUUUUUUUCCAGCAUUUAAUUCAUAUAAAAUACAUGCUCUCUUGCUACGUACUCUCGUGAUUUCACCGUAAGAAUACGGUUAAACAGCAUUGGAUCACACCAAUUAUUUUACAUCGGUGUAAGUUCAACAGUGUUAUCUCAACACCUUUGGUGAUAACUUUUCAACGCUUUGGUGUUAUAUUCAAUCUCUAUAGGGUGUAUAUUUUAACAUCUCAAUGUGUGGUCCUCUCGGGACAACUUGUGUGUAAAUCUUAACAUCUUAUUUCAUUGUAUAAUGAGAUCUUAAACCGUAAGUUUUGAUAACACUUUAUAUCUUACUUCCCCAGAGUCACCGCUGAGACGCCCUCAACGCAGUUACGCUCAAGAGUACAUGGAUCAGUACAACCUUUGAAGCUAAAAAUAGCGAUUAUAAUUAUAAAACAUUAUCUAGUCCCCUUCUCUUUUCUGAAAUGCAUGAAUAAAUCAAAAUGCGAAAAAGUUCAAUCUUCAUGAAUUAGAGUAAAUCAAUUAUUUCAUAUAAAGUCGAACUGUAUUUUCAGUAAAUUUGAUGUCAUUUCAUGAUCACUCUUCUGGUGAUCAUUGAGAUAACUCCCACACGAGUAAACAAAAAAAAAAAAUCACAUUUCACUCAUAGUUUACUCUAAUUACACCCCUUAGAGAGAGAAAAACUAUAUAUCUAUCUAUCUAUCCUGGCAAAGGGUUAUUUUAAGAGGCAGUUACUUAAGGCAAUGCAAAACUAAAAUUGGAUAUUACAUAAUCGAAUAGCUUGUAACAUGAGGACCAUAAGUUAUUUAGAUUAGAUAUCCCGUUGAUCAAUAAUUAUCAUUAAGAAAACAAAAAUAGGAUUUAAGAUCCAUUAUAGGUUAUUAGAAGGUUCAAUUUGGUGUAUGUCUAUGGUGUAUCAACAUGAAGACAUAUAUAUUCGUUCAUCUAUUAAUGAUAAUGCUUACCUUUUGGCCAAAUAUUAUAAUUUCAUGUAUUUGUUUUUUUUCAACAACGGUUGUGCUUGACCUACACGUAAAUCAAUUCCAGCACAGUUGGUAAAAAUAUAAACGUGUAAACGGCGGUGUCUUAACGUAGUAACAAUGUUUUAUAUAACAAAAAGAUGUCUUUCAAAUGAAACAAGUGGAAUCUAGAUUCAUAUUAAUUUAUCGAUAUAUAAAACAAAUCGAUAUAAAAAAUAUUCGCCAAGAAUGUAGGCUACGUCUAAUAUUAAAUGUCCGGAAGUUGGUGGUUCAUUGUUAAGACUUGUAUUGUGUUUCAUAAUAGCAAAUACUAUAUUUCCAAGUGCUUUCAACUAACUCCAUUUCUAUGAAAAACAAACACAUUGUUAGCUUAUGUGAGUAAGAUUGUAUAUUUAUCAACCAAUUUCAAAUGCACGGGAUGUAUUCUCGUCGAUAGUGUAUGAAAGGUAAAUGCUUAUUAAUACAAUUCAUGUAAAGUAUAUGUAUGGAUUAAAAACUGUGUUACGUAUAUUCAUAAGUGACCCGGAAGUGACCUUAUAAUCGUAAAACCAUAUUUUGUGAAUGAUUCUGUUUUAGAACCAGUGCUGAGGUUUAUUUUUUUAAAUCAAAGUAGGCCUACAAGCCAUUGCCAAUUUGCUGCCACAGCUUUUGUAAUGAUAUUGACUGAACGCUCGGUAUCAAUUGAGAAUUAUUUUUAUAUAAGCUAAUAUUUUUGUGUCCAAUCAAAGAUUUACAAUAAAUUUAAUCAUAUAAUCAUCAAAUAAUGUUAAAGUAAAAACAUAAAUACAUCUAAACAUGCUGUAUGUGCAAGUGUGAGCACUGGCAUGACUGGUGUAAAGGAUAACAAGUUUGUGGAGCUAAUGUUUUGAAUUUGCUCAUUAAACUGUUAGAAAUUGUACACUGCAUCAAGAAAUAGGCCUACAUCAGUGUCUACAUACUGUACAUGUAGCUAUAUUAUAAAGGAAACCCAUUUUAACCCAUCUUAAAGUUGAUAUCACUUAAACGGCACUUUAAGUCACAUACGGGUGUUUAGAAUAAAAUUUAAAUAUUAGCUUAUAUCUUGCAUCAUUAUCCCGACAUAUUAGGGUAAAUAUGGAUGCACUAAAAUGAGAUUUAUAGGUUUAUAUUAGUGAAUUUGUAUGGCGUGGAAAAAGUGGGACAAGGCGGGGUGGGGGUGGGGGCUACCCAGCCAGGGAAACUUGAUAUUAUGAGAUAGAGGAGCAAGAGAUUAGUAUCAAUUAUUAUACGCUCUCAGAAUUUUUUAAAACCAAAUCCAGAGUUGGUUAAGUUAUCAACCAACCAACGGUUGAUAAAAAAAAAAUCCCAAUACAUUUUGCAUACAGCUUUGUUUACAACCGUUUAUAUGUUCAUACUUGUAGGUUGAUUAAACCUUUCUGAGAAUGUAAGUAUGCCUGCAUUUAUUCCAUUUUGAAAAUGUGAAAACGUAGCUUUUGUACUUUUUGUAAUGUUCUUGUACAAAUUGAUUUGUUGUGAUAUUCGUAUUAUCAGUGGUGCAUUUGUAAUUUUGUUGAGACUUCAUUAGUACAUACAAUAAUAUUUUGUACAGUUAAUGGUUUAAAAUACCGAUCUUUUUAAAUUGAUAACAUAAAAAUAAAUCAUUUUGCCAAAUACCGCAAAUAUAUCAUCACAAUUGUUAAAUCAAUUUGAUGCUUCAAAAAGAAACAUCUCCGUUAUAACAGAGGUAAUAGAAUAUAUUAGUGUGCUUGACGAUAGUGGUACGUACAAAUACCCAUACUACAUUCAAGAAAGAACUAUGUUAUCAGAAAAAUAUAAGAGGAAAUAUCAGAGGAAUAUCAUGUCCAUGAUAUUCCACUCAAUGUGAUAUGUUUUCCCAUUUAAUGUUUCUCAAAUUAUAUUUUGUUUGUGUUCAUAUUGGUGGGAUAGAUAUAUUAGCAUUUGUAUGUUAAGUGGGAUAUAUAUUUUUAUCUCAGUCUUUCAGUUAUCAAUAGCCAUGGUGAUUUAUCAUAUAAAUUAAGAAUGAAAUUAAACCACAUUAUGUAAAAAGUAAAGUCAA